AAAGUAAGGCUGCAUUCAAGAUCAUGGUUUUAAGCAAUAGCUUACGGACGACAUUUUAUACAAUUAGAAAACUAACUUGAUUGUGAAUUUUCAAAGUCUGAUUACACGUUGACUGUUCUUGCAUACACACAUAUAAUCUUGCAAAUAUUUGAUAUUUGGUACAACUCGGUGUCCGACAUAGGCGAACUAUUUACGUGACUAAUACGUAAUGCAGCUUAGUAUUGAUGUUUACAAUGGUGUCGUUGGUGGAGGUAAUGUGUCUGGUGCUGGUCGCAGUGUUGUGGGGUUGCACCAACCCGUUCCUGAAGAGAGGGACCGAGGGAAUAGAACAUGUCAAACACAGCACCAAACUUCUUCAGUUCAUGGCAGAAAUCAAGUUCUUGUUUCUAAAUGUCAAGUACCUUAUCCCGUUCUUGCUGAAUCAGAGUGGCUCCGUGAUCUAUUACUUCACUCUGGCUACAACAGACAUGUCCCUGGCAGUACCAGUGGCCAACUCCCUUACUUUCGUUUUCACCCUCCUCACAGGAAAACUGCUGGGUGAGGAGUUUGGAGGCAAAAAGGAGGUGGCUGGGAUGAUUCUCACCAUGACUGGCAUCACUGUGUGUGUGAUCAGCUCUAUUACUGAGACCAAGAUGACACAACAGCAGAACAUCACACACACCUCACCCUAAUGUACACACACACACACACACACACAAACCUUUGUUUAAACACACACGUCUCCACACCCUAAAACCAUCCACCCGGACCUUUCUAUUUCUCUUUAUUAUAGGCGGUGUUCAUCCAGUUGAGUCUGUUUUCCAAGGACCAAAUUAUGACACUGUCAAGACAUGCUUGUUAAGGAGCUCUACACAUGGGUUUGUUUCUUAACGAGGCGUCCAUAUUGUAGUUAAGUAGGGCUAGGUUUAAUCUCCUCCUAGUUUGUGUGUGUGUGUGUGUGUGGGGGGGGGUGGGCGGGGUGGGAGUGUGUGUGUGUGUGUGCGUGCUUCAGCAGAAGCCAACAGAGCUGGCUAGUCGAGUGUCGAAGAGGAGAGACUGUGAGUGAAUGCAGUUGGACCCAGGCUGACAUGCACAGCACAGCACUGUGCCAACCAGCUCCCACGGCGGAGGAAGCAGCGAGGGGCCUGCCGGGGUUCAGACAGGGUUCAGCCCCACAUCCAGAUUUAUGACUCAUCCAUAGAACGGACCAAUGACCUCCCAACACACUACCCCUUCUCUGGCGUUUCUCUGUGCAGAGCCUAUACAAGCACUGUGUAGAGGACACCAUGCAGGCAGGGAACAGACCAGACACUGUACAAUUGCUGUUCAGAAGGCUACCUUGUGAAUGUUGUGUUUAUUUGUUGCACUGGGGACCAACAACGAUAACAUCCAUAGUUUUAUUUUCAGACCAAUUACUUUGCCAGUCGGAUAGAUAACGUUGCUGCUAUUGUAUGUUGUAAGAACUAUUGCAGAUACUGUGUUUGAAUGAAUAAAGUAUUUUCUGACUAAA